CUUAUUCGGCUUUGCCCAGCUGGUGAAAUUUUCCAUUAUUAGCGUUAUUUAUGUGCAAAAUCUAAUUGAAAAUAACGUGCAACAGCGCUGCACGCAAAAACAUCAAUCAAGUCGCGCGAUUGCAAUCGUGUGAUUAAUGGAAACGCUUUGAGCCUAAACACACACGGUUAAAGCCAAAAUAUGCCUCGCCAAAGCUCGGUUCGUCAAUAAAAACAACAAAUACCGAAAAUAAAUAAUAGAAACCCCUGACAAUAACCUCGAAGAGGUAAAGAGUGUGGCCGCGGAACUCGGAGUUUAUGCAAACAUGCGACGAAAGCCACAGAAUUUAACACACAACACACAAUCGAGUAGAGCCGAAGACAGAGGCGGAGGCGGAGGAGGGGCUCUGCGAGUCGGAGGAGGGGGCCGAGGCACUUCCCUGCCAUCAGCAAGUUCCAACAAUAGAAUGCCAAGAGACCAUCGACACUUGAUGGCCGCGGUCGUGUCGACGUUGCCACUGGCUCUUCUGCUGCUCCUCGUUCAAGUAACAGCUGGCCAGCAACAGAGCAUCUCGCAGAUAUCGCCGAAGUCGAGCAGCCAUCGCAGUCCGGCCCGCCUGAGCAUCGAGAGCACCGUGGCGGACUCCAUAAACGGACUGGCAGAAGGACUUUCAAUGCCCCAUGGUGUCAAUGAGAACGAGGCGCGGGCGGAGCGAGUGGAGCGCUCGGCGUCGCCCAUCCUGAACGACCGCCAGCCCAUGGGACCCAACGACGUCAACUUCCCGGAGGACCUGGAGAAGGACGUCUCGGCAGGGAGGUACUUCCACUACAACAUCAAGCCGACGGGCACCUUCGACAACCAGGAAGAGCAGCCUGAGCGAACGCACGCGGGGAUCAGGGCCGGGAAGACGCUCUCGGGGGGCGGCAGCAGCUCGGAGCAGUCUUUUUUAGGGCGGGGGGACCUGCGACCGCAAGUGUCGGGGUCCCCGAUCCGGCCGAGUCCGAGCAGUUCUGCCACCUCAGCGACGCCGGUAGCCAGUGCCACCCAGUCGCCGAGUAACCCGCGCCAGAACGGAAACCCCGACAUCCAGGACAUCAUCACGGGAAUCGUUAAGCUCCUGAACGGCAACGUCAAUGUCCACGCGAAUACCCAGGGGGUGAGGCGUCCCUCGGCCAGCAGGAUCAACAACAGGGGUCCGCCGAGGAUCUCCGAGGCCCAGAACCUGCCCAUCGACUACGAGGCCCAGAAGCCCGGCACUUCGAUGCGACCGCCGCCGUAUCCCUUCGACCGACCGGACCGUCCCUUCAUCACGGGUGUCCCCAUUCCGGAGCAGAUCGUGCCCGUGCGUCCGGGGUUCGUGAGCAACCGUCCGCCGUGGUACCGCAACAAGCCACGCCCACCGAUUGCCACGAGUGUGGGCGGCAACCGGAGACCGCUCCCGCAGUACAAACCGCUCCCGGCUCCGCAGGUCCAGACCCAGACUUCUGCCCAGCCCCAGGAACCGAUGGACAAGAAGAACGAGCAGGAGAAGGAACAGAGUCAACCGCAACUAGGGGAAGAUGUGGUGCUACCAACGGACACCACCUACGACUCGGAGUUCUCCAACGAGGACGCCAACGCCCAGUACAUCGAGGUGUCCGACCAGGACACGGAUGCCACCAGUGGUGGAGAGGUCGAGGAUGAACUGCAACCGCCUCCCGCUCCACCGUCCACCACCAACAAUCCCCCAACUGCACCAACCACUCCGUCGAAGAAGAAGCACAAGCCGAAACCAGUGGGUGAAAAGAGGAAGGAGUCCCCCGCGGAUGAGGGCUUCACCACCACCAUCAUCGAGACCAGCUCGGUGGUGCACACUGUGAUAGGCAUGACCUCCACCUAUGCGCCCAUGUCCAUGGACAGUUCGGAGAGCCUGGGUCUGGAUCCCUCCACCGAGGAGGUGAUCUUCAUGACCGCCAACCGAACACCCGGGCUGGAAAACAGCGCCACCUCCUCGCUGACCAUCUCCUCGUCCUCGAGUCCCGCUCCAGUCAUCCAGCCCACGUCCUCCACAGAAUCCACUACCACCAGUACCAGUACCAGUUCCAGAACGACCACCACCACCAGCUCCAUCUCAACCACCACCACUACCACCACCACCACCACCACCAACCCACCACCUGCCUCGAGUUCCACGGAGAGUGGGCCGCCUAACAGUUCCAAUGCUAACACCAAUGCCACUCCGCCCGCCCCCUACCAUCCCCGUCCCGGGAUCGUCCUCGAUGACCCCGAGUUCAAGCCCGGCGGUCGGCCACGCCCACCCAACCAGCGGCCGCCCAACGCCCAGCAGACCCUCCCCCUGCCGGCGGUGCAGCCCACGCGGCAGCAUUUGCCACCCGGCUACGGGGAGAUCUUCGACGUGACCCUGUCCGCCAUCCAGGGACCGGGACCCAAGGGCAGCGGCUCCCAGCAGACGAUCAACAUCAAGCCGUACGGAACCUACGCGGCGGGCGGAGGGCAGGGCGACAUCAUCGUGUCCGCCUCAGAUGCCCCAGCGGGAGCCACCUCUCCGGCCACGCGACUGCCCCAGUUGCCUGGCUCAGGAUCGGGAUCGGGAUCGGGAUUGGGAUCAGGAUCGGGAUUAGGAUCGGAAUCGGGAUCGGGAUCAGCAGCUAGUGCCAGCAGUGGUAGUGGUAGUGGUGGCUCCAGCUCACCUGCUGUUCCACCGAACGCGGUCACCCAGAGCAGUGGUGGCUACGUGGUGCCCGAAACGGAGGUGGUGGACCUCCAGGGACACAGCAAGCCCCAGGGAGGAGGCCCUUCGACCACGAAUGCAGGACCCACGAGGCCCCACUACCGCCAGAGGCCGACGCAGCCGCCCGUGAGGAUCGACACCUGCAUUGUGGGCGACGAUUCCACCUGCGAUCAGGCGCAGCACGAGCGGUGCAAGACGGACAACGGCGUCUCCAGCUGCCACUGCAGACCAGGAUACUCCCGGCGAAAGCACCGGGAACCGUGCCGACGGGUCAUCUCAUUCCAUCUGGGCAUGCGCGUCGACCGCAUCUACGAGCACCGAAUUGUCUGGGACACCAAGUUGAUGGACAAGCACAGCGAACCCUUCGGACAACUCAGCUAUGAGUCCAUAAGAGCGCUGGACUCCGCCAUGUCGAUGACGCCCUACUCAGAUGAGUUCAUGGAAGCGAAGGUGAACAACAUUUACCGAGGCGAUCCCAACUUGGGUGGCAGCGGAGUGUACGUGAACAUGACCAUCAAGCUGGACGAGAGUGUGGAGACAUUGCGACCCAAUCUGCGAAGUGACGUUCAGAAACAUCUGUUAGGAGUUCUCCACCGACGAAACAACAACAUUGGCAACUCCGUGCUGUACGUAAGUUCUCCCGAAGGAGCGGUGUCCGCCCUCCAGGAUUUGGAUGAGUGCCAGUCGCCUGAGCUGAAUGACUGCCACUCUGGAGCCAGUUGCACGAACACCUGGGGCAGUUUCCGCUGCGCCUGCGAGGCGGGACUCCGGGAUCCGUGGGCCGACCAGCCAGCGAGAUCCGGACGAGAGUGCCAGGCAUGCGCGGACUCGGUUUGCAACAACCAUGGCACCUGCAGUUACGCGGAGGACGGAUCCCAGGUGUGUUCCUGCGACUCCAGCCAUUAUGGAGCCCAGUGCGAGAUCGACGGCGAGGUGCUGGGCGUGGCCAUCGGCGCCUCCGUGGCGGCCAUCAUCAUCAUCGUCCUGACUUUGGUUUGCCUCAUUAUGUGGUCUCGGCGUUGGCAGCGGGAGCAGAAGAACGCCAUGGGUUCGCCCGUAUUUGGUUACAUGAACACCGCGCCACUGAAGUCCGCCGGAUUGCCACAGGCUGGUUACCAGGUUACUUUGGAGGACCGCAUGCGAUGGGCGCAGAUAGCUGAUGUCAUGGCUCAAACCAAUCACUACGGGCAGGCUGAGCCCAUUGGACCCACGCGACCCUCGUCGGCGAUGUUUGCGUACCCCACCCUGGGAGCCAUGGGGAUGGGCACCUUGGGCGGAAUGUCACUCCAGAGCACCAUGCAGAUGCACCCCAGUGCCACGCUGGCGCCUCCCGUGCCCUUGCCCAGAAGACUUGGCCUGGGUCCCCGCUCAAAUGGAAUGAGAACCCUGGAGAACUCCAGUUCGAGCGAGGAGGAGGAUCGCGCCGAUCUGCUGGGGCGCAACUUCCAAGUGCCGCGCCCCAAGAGUCGCAGCAACGGCAGCAUAGCGAACCAAUCUGGCAUCUACUACGAUGUGGACUACGAGCCGUCUGGCAACGGGAUCGGCAACUCAAGCGUGGAUCACCUGUACGGGUCGCACAACCAGUCGGCGACGCACUCGUCGGGCCACAGCCACAUCCCGGGACCCCAGGGCAUUCCCAUGAGCACGUACACCUCGGGACGAGCUCCCAGCAGCUACUACAUGAAGUGACCUCCCGUCGGAGGAAGAUCGAAACCCUGUACAUAUGCAACCUAGGUUAAGGCGACUAAAACCCUUUUCCACUGCAGUCCCCGCGGCGACUGCAGCUGAGACGCGUUUUGAAGGACCCUUUUUAGCAUGAGAAACGUAGACUUAGGACUAUCAGUAGGCUCCAUCUAGACGUACACGAUGCAAACAACAACUAAUCAUUAAUUUUAGACCCUAUUUUAAAAACUUAAAUUAUUUCACUGCUGUCCACUCAAAGUCAAAAUCCCUAAAAUAGUUGCUUAGCUUACUUUAAUGUUUUAAAAUUUAUAAACUUAGUUAAGUUCAUGUAGCGAAAAUGUCUGUUUAUGUAUAUAAAUAAAUAAAAGAUCUGAAUUUACCGUGGA